CACCAGGGAACUGGUGUCAAUAUUGGCAUUGAUGAAGAAUAUGGGGAUAACACAAUGCUCAAUAGAAAGUAAAAUUAACAGCAAAUAGUUCGGCCGAAUGUAUUCACUUUAUGCCAUGAAUUAUUUAUCAAUGAAAUUGAUUCUACUGCGCUUCAUGUAAACUUUAUAUUAGCAAAAUGAUGAGUGCUAGGCCGUUACUGCUGAUGUAGAAACCUCAUAAUCAAUACGAAUUCGAAGCAUGAGGUGAAAUCGUGUCCUACUGCGCUGACCCUUAUGUCUCGACACACGGAAUAUCAUAUCAUACAAUCGAACCAAAUAGCUGAACCAAAUAAUGGCAGAAUAAAUGGAGCUUGGACGGGGAUUGAAGCCAUUUGUUGAGCCCGAAGGCUUGUUCGCCCGUAAAUCUUCAUCUAAUAUUCUAUCAGAUCCAAGAAUAUUGGAACAUUUGAGAAUUGUUGCUGAAGAAGCACAAAUUCAGGAGGCUGAUGAGGAAAAUUUAUCAGAUGAUGACGAAAUGGAGUUUCAACGAAAAGAAUUGGCCGAUAAAAUUACAGCAUACAAUAAACGCAACCAGUUUGGUGCUUUUCGGGUGGAACAAAACGAACUGGAUUACAAAGGGGCAGUAAGAUUUUAUUUCGAAGCUGGAAAGCAGGAGUUGACCAAGGCAGUUGAGAUAUCAAACAAGACGACAGUCGCUGAUCUCUUGCCCAUUCUUGUGGAAAAAUUCAACCUUAACCAAGCGAAUUACCAAUACACACUCUAUGUUGUACAUGAAGCUGAUGAAAUCGCUUUGGAUCACAGUGAUUGCCCAUUGGGGAUAGCUAUAACUGCAAUAAAGGCACCAAGGUUCGUCCUCCGUAGAAAACGCCAACAAUCCCACGAUACAAACGAACUUGUGUUGCAAAACCAAGUGUCACGAACGUCUUCUGCUUCAAGUAACUCGUUAGGCCAGUGUAAUACUGACCCUCUUGUUUUCACUCCUCGUUCAAACUUAAAAAGCACGGCGUCCUCAGGCAACAGUUCGUCAAGGAACGUUUCAGACAAAAAUGUUUCAGUGGUUGAAAAUUUAAACGAGUCUACCCCAACACAUAGCGCUAAAAGCCAACAUAAAAACUCAGGCAAAGCCAAGCGAACUAAGUCAUUUUCACAAAUAGCAGCAAUGGUACGAAAAAAGAAAUCGGCAGAUAAACCAGAAAGUUCUGAGCUUUCAACAUACAAACUAGCACCAGGAAUAUUAAAGGUUUUUGGUGAUCACGUGUCUCCUGGAUCAAAUUACAAAAGCGUUCGCGCCUCAACGAUCUCUACAGCUCGAGAGGUCGUUAAACAGGCGUUGGAGAAAUAUUCCAUUGAGAACGCCAAUCCAAGUGACUAUGUCCUUUGCGAUGUUGUUGGGCACUUUAAGAUCGAUGCAAACAGUAAAGCCGAUCAGGACCACGAGGAGGCGCAAUGGGUGACUGAGUAUAUGCGGGUCGUGAAUGAUAAUGAAAAACCACUUGUGGUACAGUCGUUGUGGAAACCUGCAGCUGGAAGAUUAAGGAGAUUUGAGUUGAUGAAAAAAAUACAAAUGGAUUCAGGGUGCUUCUUUAUAAACACUGCCGACAAUCUUGCAAAGGACUCGAGCUUAUCCAGCCCUACGUUAGAUUCUGAGCGGUCCAGUAUAGUUAGUGAUCAUGCCUUGGGUGAGCUAACACCAAGAGAUAGUUCGUCACUGACGUAUGCAACAGAGGACCAUUCGUAUGCUGUCCCACAGAAGGGGCCCUUCCUGUUGCUAAUCAAGGGCUUUGAUGCGCUAUUGGACAAACUACUAAGUCCCCUUGACAGGCCAAUGAUGUCACUAGGGAAUCCAAAGAGUAACAGUGCCAGUAGUAAGCCAGAUGUUUGCCUUUAUGCACCAGACAUUGCCCCAGAGCACUGCUACAUCCACAAAAAGAUCUCCCUUGAUAAAGGUGCUCAUGAAACCAAUAUCGACGACAUCAAUUUCUCGAUUUUUAUUGAUCCUAUGCCAAAUGCAAGUGUUCAUAUAAACGGCAUCAAAAUCGACCAUCUUACGAUGCUACAGCCCGGCCAGUUGGUAUCAUUUGGAUCAGAAUACUGCUUCAUCUUUAAGGACCCGUUGCAAACUAAAGAAAAGCAUCUGAAACUUUCAUGGCUUGAUGCAUUGAAAAGAGGAAAAGCUGCAUCACAGCCAUUAGGAACGCCGAAAGUAAACGAAUCGGUGCAAGUAGACUUUGCAAACGCUGGAGCUGAAUUUGUGAAUGACACGGCUGAUAGUCCCAAAGACGUGAUUGACGGCCACGGGGCGGGGGAAAUUUCGGAUGCUGUCGAACGAAGUGCAGUGAGUUUGUCCUAUAGUUAUGAGGAUGAAGAUGAAUUGCUUGAAAAAGUCAUGCACAAAUACGAAGAACGAAGUUUGAAAUUUAAACUUACCCCCGCAUAUUUGUUGACAAUGAUGAUCGAACAUUCGUGUGCCUGUUUCACGGAGUCACAUGCAAGAAAGCUUCUUUUGAAGAUAUCGAGCGCACUCCAAAGUGUUGCCUGGGAAAAAACGAAAGAAAUAGGGAAGCAGUAUGGAGAGAGGAAAGAUGACGUGGUAGAAUAUUUUGAUGCAAUGCUGCUCGAACUGUCUCCUGUUGUGAAAUGGAUGGCUAAUGCACUCGAGAUGCUGCAUUACUUUCAGUGCAAUUUGAGCAAAUAUUUGCAAAAUGCUUCACCUUCAAAAAUCAGGGAGUCUUUAAUGUCUGCUGAUGAAGAGCUACUGACAGUCUUAGAGGAGGUCAUCAUGUUUACAUUCCAGCAAACAGUUUAUCACCUAACCAAGGUUUUAUAUUCAACGCUACCCGCCAUUCUGGACACAAAUCCGUUCCAAAGUGAAGAUGGAGAUGACGAUGAAGAGACCACCUCUACUCCAGUUGGUGUCGCAUUGAUAAUCGAGAUCUUCGAAAAGACGCUGAACUUAGUCAGUAGCAACAAUGUCCACCCACAGAUCAUUACCCAGUUGUUUGACUAUCUCUUCUUUUUUACCAAUGCAUCUUUAUUCAAUUCUUUAAUGGAACGUGGGACUGGUGGCAAAUUUUACCGAUGGACAAAAGGGGUCCAGAUCCGGGGAAAUUUGGACGUUUUAGAAGAAUUCGCCAGUAAAAGUGGUUUGCAGGAUAAUUUCUCUAGCCAUAUGAAGAAGGUUGUCGCAGCGGUGGCGCUCCUGUCAAUCCCUAAAGCUCAACUGAUGUCUAUGGACUGGAAUUCAAUAAGAGAUGAUUACCCAGACCUCAACGCGUCCCAAGUGCAGCAAUUGCUUGGAGAGUAUCAACUGGGUGGCAAAAAGCGGCCCAGAGGCUGGUACCCGCCUCCUGAAGAAGUCGAGGCAGCCCUUCGAUCUUCUGAUGUUCUUGAAAGUUUCGCCACGCAUCCACCGCUGUUGCUCCCGACGACAGAUUUCAUCAUGGAUUUAGAAAACAUCCCUCAUGAAGAUGACUUUUCAGGAAUCCUCACUGAAAUACAGAAGUUAUACGGAGAGAAAAGCGCAGACGCCACCGUGAUCUCUAAACAGACAGAGGACAAACAGCCAGUCCAGAAAGUUACAUCAUCUUCAGUUGGUCAAAAGUCUGCAAGCGGCUUUGUCGUCAGCGUGCAUCCUAAUAUGACAUCAACACCGCAAAGAGAUGUAGCAGAGAUUGUAGAAGUAAGAAGAACACCUCAGACUCCCUCUACUAGCUUGACACAAACAAACGCAAAACAAUCGGCCUCGAAUGACGAUAGCGAUGAUUCUUCAAUCUCCAGCGAAGCUCUUGAAGGGACGCCUGAAAUUGCAGCGAAAUGGGACGCUGGGCAUCGCAACCCUACCCCCGUCCCCGAUGCAGCCCCAAGUAUUAUCAUUCAGGAAGACAUUGAUAUCGGCGAGGACGAGCCAACUUUCGACGAAGAAAGACGGUCGUCUGCGCUCGGGAAUCCACAGUCGAUACAAACGGCGCCUCGUAAAGGAUCCGCAGACGGGCGAAUGUCUAAAAGCAAUAUAAUGUAUGCUGAGAGCACUGUGAAAACGAAUGGAGAAGUCAAGGGGGAUGUUAUUAAUAAUAACGAGCCGGCAGAUUACUCAAAGAAGUUCGUUGAUGACGGGAAAAUUGCAGAUGUCGACUUCACUUCUAGCGAUAUUGAUUUCACAGGCAAUGGCGAUCUCAGUGACCCUGAUGACGUCAUUGUUGUUGAUCUUGUUCGUGGAGAGAAGGGCCUAGGCUUGGGUCUAAUCGAUGGUCUUAUCACUCCACUCAGCUCCCCUGGCAUUUAUAUUCGCACUGUUGUCUCGAACAGCCCGGCUGCAAAGGACGGACGAAUUCAGCUUGGAGAUAGGAUUCUUGCUGUGAAUGGAAACAGCCUUGUGGGAUCGGACUAUUCACGGGCAAUGGACUUGAUCAUACAUGCUGGAAACAACCUAUCGUUCCUCAUUGCAAAAUCCGACCAGAAGACUAUUGAAAAGAUACUGUCAUCGCAAUGCUGAUGAUUGCCAUGUUGCUGAACCGAGGGGCUUAUUCUGUUAUCUGAAUCCGAUAAACUCCGUCUAGUCACUUAUGCAUAGAUGAAAGUUCGAAACACAAACCAAAUGUUAUGAGCACCCUAUAGUAAACUUUAUUUUCUCAAUUUCUUGUGGAUUUUAUUGUAUCAAGAAUUGCACAUAUUGAUUUCUAUCAGAAUCCUCCACAUUUUUUGGUGGUAGUCACAAAUUUGAGAAGAAUUGUAAUAUAUUUAUUAUAUUGUUAAAAGGUUAAUGAUUAUUGUUGAUCAUAUGUUAGUCUCAAAACACGAUUCAACGUAUACGAAUAAAGUGGCUUCUGCUAUGUAGGUAAAUGUAUUUAAAUUUGCAGCUAGAAGUACAGUAGUUAAUAAAAUUUUCAGUUUUAUAAAUUCUGCAUUUUGCUCGGUUCUGUUUUUGAUCUUUUAGUUGAUUUCUAACCAGCAAAGGAAUCUUCAAAUAUGGGUUACUUAUCUCCAUACUAGACAUUUUGCUCUCUAAAAACAUAGCCACGCAUGAUUUUGUGUCUCCCCUAGAUUUUUCUAGACUUUCCCUCCGUGUAUUCCCUCCGUAUAUAAUCGUUUCCUAUUCAUACCCCGCAGUUAAAUUUCCUUGCCUCGUCUUUCCACAAAGCCUCGCCCCUAAAAGACUUCAGAUCCUAGAUGCAGGGCAACAAUUCGAGAGCCAACGAAGUACCGAGUAAGACCGUCUCAGAAAGGCUGCAACACAAGUAGUUUAUGGCUACAAAUUCAAUAAAGAGGGCACUUGACAUGCUCAUGUCGUAACUAAAAGGCUAGAAUCUAGAUUUUUAAGCCCAACAGCACAACUGCUGUGUCAUAAAAAUGCUUCAGCCUUGUUAUUCUGCAAAAUGUGUGUAUACUUUUUAGUUUGUAUAAGUAUAAUAAUGUGAUCGACAGAUAAAAUAAACUUCGAUAAUUUAGCUUUUAUGAAUUGUCAGUAGAAAAAUUGCCGUUGUUUAUAUAUUUCUAAGAAAUUGUAAGAAUAAACAUUUGAUAUUUUGGUUUUAUUUUAUGAAUGAUUCAAUGGCACAUUUUAGCUGUAAUGUUAUUUUACCCGAUAAUAGUUCUUUUGAUAAA